AUGAAUCGCUCAGUGCUUUUGAAACAAGUUUUAGGACGCUUGUGUUGGGAUGCAAAAGAUUUCCGAAAAGCCUACAGCGUGUUUGCUGCCGUCGUGUCUCGUCCAUGUUCUUUAGGCUUGGCUGUCAAAGGAAAACCAUUUGAAGUUUUGCCGGUGUGCCACAUGUGUUCUGAAGCUCGAGAUCUUGAUCUGAACAGGAUUUACUACUAUUUCGACACUCAUGCUCUGGUGAAAAAGCUGCAAGCUGCAGGAUUCACUGCAGAGCAAAGCGAAACUGUUACGGAAGCACUGGUUCAUGUAGUCAGUACCCAGACAGAACAGCAGAAUAAGAUCUUAGUGACAAAAGCACACCAGGAGAUCACAGUCCAGCAACUUUUAGCUAACAUAGCCUCAGUCAAAAAGGACAUGCUUAUUUUGGAAAAAAGUGAAUUUUCAGCCUUGAGAAAUGAAACAGAGAAACAAACUCUAGAGAUCAACAGAAUGAAGCAGACUGUAGAAGACGAAGUAGCCAAGUUAAGAGGACAGGUAUCUCUGGAUAUAAACUUGGAGAGGAGCAGAGCUAAGGAAGCGCAUGCAGAAGGUGAAAAGCAUCGGGCUAUUUUAAACAAUCGCAUUGAUACAGAAGUAGCUAAUCUACGUACAAUUUAUGAGCAGUACCGAAAUGAUAUCCUGAAAUAUGCUGGAGGAACUGUCCUUUCCUGUCUGACCAUUACCCUGGGCUUCUAUAGACUGUGGUCCUGAUAAUUGACCAGCAUCUACUUCCAGUGGCAAUUUGCCUAAACAGAACUCGGGGCAUAUUUGUGAUUUUAAAUUGUAUCACUUAAUACAUGUAAUUUCCAUUUCUGAUGUCAAUGAAAUAUUGCUGUUAUGCGAACUCUUGUUUGUUUGAACGGUAUAUCCAUACCCACACUGACAUGUAAGGGCCCAAGAUGGUUACUGCCUAAUGAUUAUGUGUUUUAGGACUCAAACUACCAGUCUGAUCUGAUUUUGGAUUUUUGUAUUUCACCAAAAAUUGUGCAUGUAGAGAUGCACUUUCAGAAGCACAUAAACACCUUUAAAUGAUUGAUACUAUUGAUGCCCACCUUUCACUUUUUCUGAUAAGAAAUUAAUCAAACUUGAAAAAGAUGUCACUUGAAAGAUGUUACUUUUAGGUGGAGUACAGUAGUUCAAAUUUACUUUUUAUCCCAUUUUUUUUUGCAAAAAGCUAGGCAGAUUAAUUUGGGUCUUUGGUUACCAUGCAAUAACUCCUCCAAAUAUUGUCUAGUGUUGAUUAAAUUCUCUCGGUGGAACCUAGGUUGAAGUUUGACUACGAGAUUAAUCUGACUACCAGAGAAAAUGGGUUGUUUGGUAGAGAAUAAUUUUCUUUAUUCUGGCUUAUGAAAGAUAGUAUAGCUUGAGAAGAAAAAUAUAUGGAAAAAAACUUUUAACAAAUCCUGAUAUAAACUUUACAGAAUUUUUUAAUGAUGGCGUGGCUUAAUUGUUGUAGAAAGAUUGAGCAACUACAGUGUGUCAAGUAUAUGUCAAGUAUGUUUCCUGUUGGUAUUUAUAUAUCACAUACUCAUUUUGUAGCAAAUUCUACCUUUUGUAAACCAAAAAAUAUUUUUUAGGGUAGAGUUAGGGCAAGUGGAUAUUCAUUUUAGCACCUUGAAAUUUGGUAUAUUAGCACCAAAUAAUAUGGACUCCUUGAUAUGUUUGAGAAGUAUUAAAUUGUAAAAUAUUUGAAAUAAGUCCUGUCAAUAGUAUUUAAAUAUGUUACUAAACACAUGUGGUCACAUUAUUACCAGAAGUGAGCAGUAUGUUGAUUCUACUUCAAAAUCAACAACAGACAUUGAACUAAAGUCCUGACGUGUGAACUAUUGUGAAGUGAAAAAUUCCUGUUCAGUUAGUUCAAGUCUUGCAGUACUUUGCAGUACUCAAAAACUAAAAGUAUUUUUUUCUUCGGUUUCCCCAUACUCAUGUGGCACUGAGACUUUACUGGGAUAUAGAUAUGGCAAUAUUAUACACAGAAUUUACAUUGGGAAGUGCAAUUGUCUUUACUUGACUCAGAGCAACUGUAAAACAUGCAUCCUAAUUACGUAUAGUUUGGAAGCGAAAAAACGAAAAUGAUUGUUCCCGUGAAGCAUGUGUGAAUGUACAUGUUUUUUUUUUAUGACCAUUGUGAUGAAGAUGCGAAACAGCAAGAUCAAACUUUAACUAAUUUGGGAUCACUUGCCACUGUCAAAAAUACGGGUCAGUAAGUUUAAUAUAUUUAACUGGCGUCAUCUAUUGGUAUUUGUUAAUAA